AUGGCGCAACGCGGAUGCCCUACAGUUGUCCUAUACGGCGGAUCCGACACUCUGCAGGCCGGUAUGAUGACGUCCUACACCAUGACGGGAGACGCCCACGGUGACCGGCCCGUGUACUACAGCAGCGUCACCUGCAACUACCUGUAUUACUUCAAGCCUACCAUGGAGUGGCGCGUGGGACUGCAGGUCGGGAACGACGAUGGUGUGCGUGUCAGGGACUCCGCCCUCUACGCUGACCAGAUCAACGGGACGUUCCUUCUGUGGAACGGCGGGGAGUGGAUAGAGAACCCGGAUGUGAAGAUCGCCUGCUCUGAUGACGUCCCAGCUGGCGUGGCAGUUUCACAAUCGGUAGGGAGCGCUAUAGACUGUAUGAGGUUCCGUCUGCACGGAGAUGCCAUCUACCUUGCUAUCCUUAUGACGUUCUUCCAGACGACGACCCUCGAAUUCACCAGAACAGACCAGACCAGUGGCGGCAGACCUGUCUACGUUUGGGACACAGACAGCCGAUAUUCUCUCCACUUCGUCGAACGCGAGAAGCAAUGGAUAGGUCUCACGACCGGAGAACACCGCGUUUAUGUCAAGAACUGCGCCAUGACACCUGACCAGAUCAGGUCACCGUGGUACCUGAGGGACGAGUAUGGUGUGUAUCAUGUCGUGUGGUCGGUUACUGCCAGCUGUGUCGGAAAACUCUGCCAACAACUGAUGGCACCUUCAAAUGGCAACAUCUACGGCGGUAGCUCUUAUGGGGACGUCGUUACGUAUCACUGUGACGCUGGAUACGAGAUCAGUGGCGAUGAAAAACGAACUUGCCAGUCGGACCAGACCUGGAGCGGCACUCAGCCUACAUGCGUCCGUGGGUGGUUUCCUUAA